AUGUGUUUUGGCGAUGUCCAGUAUGAAAGGCAGAAGCUGCUAAAUGCAAGGGAGUGGGAUUCUUACUUGUGUUGCUGCAAUCAUCGACCAUUUUGUAAUUACGACCCAGCUCUGAGGAAAAAAGUUGAGAAGGUACUGCGGUACUGCAAAUAUAAUAGCGGAAAUCAGUUCCUGUUCAAUGAUUUAUACUUAGUCGUUCGUGAAAUCGGAGAAGCCUGUCUGUUACAUUACAUCGACAACACGACUCUGCAGGACAUGGAUUUACGGCUGCCCAAGCGGGGCACUGUUUUAUAUCAACAACCAGGAAGCGGAUUUUCACCGAUAGAUUUCUCGUACGCGUUGCUGGAAGAGGAUCAGUGCCGAUUCAUCGAGGUGGAGCCCCUUUCAAAUAUUACAAGCUGCGCUGAAUAUGAAUCACCAACAAUGAUUCUAAAUGGAUCGGAAACUGUAUAUGUUAAGCACACAUCAUAUUGCUACACCGAAAUGCGCUUGGAAUUCUGGAAAAACGGUGACGUGAAAUACAGUGCGAAGGGUGGUGCUGCUACACGAGCAAUGGUCGAUGAAAAUCGCUUAUAUUUGGAUCAUAUCGCAUAUGCUGCGUAUGACUUAGCUGGGCGAGCUGAUAUGCCAGCAUGCGUACAUUUUCGGGGCGAUCCAGAAUCCGAAAUCAGCAAGUCACGAGCGAUCUGUUUUUGUCGCUGGUUCAAACAUCGUUCGGAACCAUGCAAUGAACAGCAGGAGGAAAGGGCGAAGGCAAUGGCACUGCUAUUUCACGAGGAAAGCUUUCAUCGACUCCAUCUUACUCACAGCAGUGCAUUGGAGUUUUUUAUGGACAAAAUGGAAGAUCUGUGGUGUCAUUACAGGAGAAUGUUUGCGACCAUUAAGAUCAAUUACAAAAGAAGGAAAAUGGAAUCGCGAGGCGGAUGUGCCGAGCGAGCGAGAAGUACAUUGGACAAAUCAUUAUCCAAAAUGAAAGAUUACCGACAUAUCUGUAUUGAACUAAAAGAUGUUCAACAAAAAUGUGUCUUCGUGUUGACAAGUGAAACAAGCGAUCAGAAGCACCCUAAAAUAAGCUGUUGCUGUGAUAGUGGUUGUGAAAUAAUUGGUAGACAGGUGCGAUUUUUAAAAAGAGAUUUUGAGGAGGCACUUUUCAGUUAA